AUGCCUGAUUUCACCAAGACCUUCAAGGUGGAGACAGAUGCAUCCGAGAUGGGUGUUGGGGCAGUGCUCACCCAAGGGAAACACCCACAGCAAAGCUAUGAGGGUUCGUUUCAAAAUCAAAUCCGCUUACGAACGAGAGCUCAUAGCCAUGGUCAUGGCCAUCCAAAGGUGGCAUCACUAUUUAGUAGGACGAAAAUUUCAGGAUUUUACGGACCACAGCAGUUGAGGCAUUGCAUGCAACAGAAAUCAGUUACUGCUGCUCAAGUAAAGUGGAUUAUGAAGCUAGCUGAAUAUGAAUUUGAUGUUAUAUACAAGAAGGGCAGUGAAAACAUAGUGGCUGAUAGCUUGUCGCGGAGAUAUGAAGAAGAAAACAGAGCAGAAUUAAAUACCUUUUGUUUACUUUUGGGAACCAAACUACAAAUGAGCACUGCGUAUCAUCCACAGUCAGAUGGUCAAACAGAAGUUAUAAAUAGGGUAUUGGAAACAUAUCUGAGGUGUUACGCCGAGUUCCAGCCUCAUAACUGGACAGAAUACCUCUCAUGGGCAAAUGGUGUAUGGGGCGGGCGACCCCCUCCUGAUUUAUGUCGCUUCCAUCCUCAAGGGUCACAGCUGGACGAAGUAGAUAUUCAGCUCCUAGCAAGAGACCAAGUGCUGGAUAUUAUCAAAAGCAAGUUGGUAGCUGCUCAAAACAGAAUGGCCAAGCAGUACAAUAAAAAGCAUCGUUCUCAAGAAUAUGAGAUAGGUCAGUGGAUCUACUUGAAGAAUUUUCCUGCAGGAAAAAUCCAGCGUCGAUCAGCCGAAAUCCAUAAAUUGUCUGCACGGUAUUCAGACCCUUUCAAGGUGAUUGAAAGGAUUGGGACAUUAGCGUAUAGGCUACAGCUUCCGGAGAGUUCUUCAAUUCACCCUGUAUUUCAUGUCUCACGUCUGAAGGCCUGUUAUUCUAGUGCUGAACUAGAGAUUGCAGUCAGGGCAAUGCCAAGUGCUCCUCCAGGUGAAUUAUUCCCAUUCUGGGUGCUUCAGCAGAAGAAAUACAAAAGGACAAAACAACCUUACACAGCUUGGCUGGUGGAAUGGCAAAGACCAGAAGCUCCUAGCCCAUCUUGGGAAGACGCCGCAAAGAUAGAACAAUGA